UUGCACACACUCUCACACACACACACACACACACACACUCUCACACACGUACGCACUGACGCACACACUUUGUUUGAAGACAUUCUGUUAUCAUGGCAUUUAAUGGAACAUGGAAAGUGGACCGCAAUGAGAACUAUGACAAGUUCAUGGAGCAAAUGGGCAUUAAUCUGGUGAAGAGGAAACUGGCAGCUCAUGAUAACCUGAAGAUCACAUUGGAACAGAAUGGAGAUAAGUUCCAUGUGCAGGAGCUCAGCACCUUCCGCACACUGGAGCUGGACUUCACACUGGGGGUCACAUUUCAGUACUCACUCGCAGACGGGACUGAGCUCUCUGGCUCCUGGGUGAUGGAAGGUGACGUGUUGAAGGGACGUUUUGUCCGUAAAGACAACGGCAAAACACUGACCACUGUCAGGACCAUUGUGGGUGAUGAACUGGUACAGAGCUACAGCUAUGAAGGUGUGGAGGCCAAGAGGAUCUUCAAGAAGGCAUAACUGCAUCAUGUCAGAACCCACGUUCUCUCAGGAACCUGCACAGCUUUAAUUCCAUCAUCACCUGCGACAGGGCUCUAAGCCUAGGACUCUAAACAUAUAAACUCGAUUCAAUUAUAAAUAUGGGGACGGCGGCAGGACAUCAAGGAUCACCACGAACGCAGGGACUACGUGACCGCGGUGACCAUUUAAAGUGACCACUUGGGUGAUAACAAUUGUAACAAUACCAAGACAAGGUGUAUGUGACCAUGAUUAACAUCAGUUAGACAACAAGGUGUAGCCCAGUUAGACAACAAGGUGUAGCCCAGUUAGACAACAAGGUGUAGCCCAGUUAGACAACAAGGUGUAGCCCAGUUAGACAACAAGGUGUAGCCCAGUUAGACAACAAGGUGUAGCCCAGUUAGACAACAAGGUGUAGCUCAGACAUUUGGGAGACAUUCAGUUCUGACACUCAAUACACAUUCAAAGCUGAACUUUAUUUAAAUGACCAAAAGGGAAAACAGUAUAUAAGGCUUGAGCAGGAUUUGCUCGGGGUUUUAUUGACUCCGAUGAACCCAAAGUACGUCAUGUAUUUUGUCACUGCUUUGCUGGAAUAAACUUCUUGUUCUUCAUUAAGACCUUCAACAUCGUCUUAUUUUUACACUACGCAUUUUUAUUUCUUACACAGGGAGCCAAAGAUUAAGACCUCAGUCUCAUUUAACUGAAGGAAGUUUGCAGAAAUCCACACUUUGUCUUCUCUCAGACAAUCAGACAGACUGUAAAGUGGAGACGUCCAGCACGGGAACAUAACACUAGGCUACAGGAGAUGGAUCUGGAUAUAAAUUAGACACCGGAUUUUGAUGGUAUUAAAUAAUAUUUUUGGGCUAUAAGCGUUGAGAUCAGAGAAGUAAUUUGCUUUUGCGAUUUUAACAGUUUUUUGAUAGUGAUACACUCUUUAACAGUAUGAGACUUGUAAUCUAUCCCUCUUCCACUUUCUUUCUGCUUUCCUCCAUUUCUGUCUAAUCGCCCUAGUUUCAUCAUUAAACCAAGGAUGUAAACAACUUCUAGGUCUUUUCAAUUUAAAAGGUGCAACAAUAUGAAGUAUAUUUGAACACAGCCCGUUAAACUUAUUAACUAACUCAUCAGGAUUAGCACCAGGACAUUUAGGCUCAAUGUGAUGAGUUUUAGGAGAAAUAGAAUAAGCAUCUAAGAAUUUUUUAGAUGUAGAUGAAUUAAACGAAGGGGCAUACCGGACCACCAUACCGGAGGAAUUCUAUAAACAAAUAUACAUAACAGUGGGUUGCGGCGUCCGACUUAAAUAUCUGGAUUUCAGAAAACUAGAAAACAAUUCCGAAGCAAGUAAACGGCAUUUUAAAUGAUUUCUAUAAAUAGUAGCUAAGCCCCGGCCGCGACACACUGACCUUGACCUGCUAAAAAAGUUAUAAUCUUUAGGACAAGCUUCAGACAGUGGGCCAAGUUCACCGGCAUUUAGCCACGUCUCAUAAAAAGAAGGUCCAACUACUGAGAUAAAAUCUGUUCAAUAAAAGCAAAUGUCUUGUUUGAGCUCGAUGUUACGUUUAGCGACACCAUCCUUACUACGGUUUCCUGAUGAGUGAAUCGAUGGUAAGAUGCUGUGGAAUUAUGUGGAAUCUCCGACGACGGGGAAUAAUCCGAUGAACGAAGGUUGCAGGGAUUUUCUUGUCUUUUAUAAACUCGUACUCCAGGAGCAGUGUAGAAGAGGUACUUCCUCACUCGUCCCAACAUACCACCGCGUGUUCCCCGUCUUCUAUAGCGUUUCCUCCUACGAUGACAUUCACAGUCCGGUAAACGUAUUUCAGGUGGCAGCAAAGACAGGAACGGAGGAUCGUGGUUCUUCUUUCCUCCAUAAUUAAAAUCAGAAACAGUUCCUACAGACCAACGUGAACUUGUGUACAUGUGUGUGUAGACUUGUGUACAUGUGUGUAGACUUGUGUACAUGUGUGUAGA